GGGCGUGGUUUAAUCGGUUUCGCGGGAAAGUUGUUUUUGCUGUGACUACAAACAGCGAGGCAUUUUUUUCAGUCAGCGACAGAAGAUCGACGUGUUCACAUUGUUUUUGAAUCAUGUCUCAGCCUCUGGUAACAGAUUUCUUUUAUCUGCGGAAGAAGAAAACGACUGACGUGGUAAAACCCACAGACGCUGCUUCUCGUGGAUCGUCAAAAAGCAGCGCGGCCAAUUCAAGAACAGACUCCGCGUCCUCUUCAAACAAAGACAUUUUCUCGAAAUCGUCCUCCAACCAAAUUCGCGAUGAGUUUAUGCGAAUUAUCGACGGUGAUGCAACGCUACCGAAAGGAGAAUCUGAGACAUGCAAGAAGCCCAAAGAUAAUUCUACCACUCCCCGAAUAUCUAAGCGGACCUCUCCAAACGCAGAACUUGGGACGGACACAGUUUUGGCUUCCACGGAACACAACACAGCAAAAAAGCGGCGUAAAGUGAAAGCAUGCUCUGUCGACCGAAUAAACGCGCAAGUAAAAACAACAAGCGUGACCAGAACGAAAUGUGUCCUCUCUAUUCCAAAACAAGAGGCUCCUUGCGAAGAAACAAUUUCAGCCCACAAGUCUCUGCUUCAGAGGAUCAAGAAACAGGCCGAUGACUUGGGCACUGCUGCAUCGUUCACUUCAGCUGCAACAUCAUCAGUGUCAUCCUCCAUUGCUUUGUCCAAAUCCGCGCUGACACGAGCAAAAGAGCUUGCAGCUAAAGCUAAAAAGGCAAAGGAAAGCGACUUAGAGAAUGAAAAGUCACAGAAAGAGACACAAGCUCAGGAGAGUAUUCCACAGCCAGCAUACCAAAAGUAUCACAAUCUAGCCCAAGACAUUCCCCCAGGCCUCUCCCUGCCUUACCAGUUCAAGGUACUGGCUGAGAUGUUUAGGAGCAUGGACACGUUGGUCGCCAUGCUUUUCAACCGUUUGGAAACUGCUACUUUCUCCAAGAUCCAAAAGGGAGUGCAGGAUAUGAUACACAGACGGUUUGAAGAAAGCCACGUUGGCCAAGUGAAGACAGUUUUUCCGCAGGCCUACACCUUCAGACAGGAAAGGAACAUCCCGACAUACAACAACUCUAUUAAGAAGGGCAGCUACCAGCUCACUGUGGAACCUGUGCUUUUCUAUGGCCAAAAGGAAGGUCAACCCACCAUGACGGCCUCGGAUCUUUUAGAGAGACGACAUAUCUUCCACCGCAACCUCGUUUCCAUUGUUAAACACCACCACAAGAUUUUCCUCUCCUCGUUAACACCUCCAAUGAGUGUGCCGGAAGACAAAUUGACCCGCUGGCACCCUAACUUUAAUGUGGACAGUAUACCAGCUGUGCGAGCAAGCUUACUGCCACAACCUCCUCGCUCUGACAAGCUGGCAACUGCCCAGGAGGUGUUGGACAAGGCCCACUCUCUCAUCACACCCAAGAUGGAGAAAGCACUGCUCUCUGUCGUUCAGAAGGCAGAAGAUAAAAGUGCACCAAGUAAAGAGACGUCUCUACCGAAUGUGAAGUGCACGCAGACAUCGGCUCCACUUCGUAUUCCAAACGCGCUGAAUGGAGUGUCGCAGUCCUUGUUAGACAGAAUCAGGGCAAAGGAAGCCCAGAAGCUGCAGGCGGUUAUGACGCGAAGCCCCUCCCAAGAAGAGCGUCUCUUGAUGAUGUCCCGGCUCGGGGAGCUGGCGAGGAUUCUUCGGAAUGUUUUUGUCUCGGAAAAAAAACAAGCUUUAAAUAUGGAAGUUAUUUGUCACCGGAUGGUCGACAGUUACAGAUCUGCUCUCACUUCAGGUGAAAUGGAGAAACACAUCAGAUUGUUGGCGGAGCUCAACCCCAACUGGCUUUCUUUACAUCCCGUCAGAAAGGACUUGUACCUUAAAUUGAACAAGCAUAUGGACCUCGGCGUAGUUCUGGACAAGUUGAGCUGCGACAUAAGAGAAGAGGAGAAACUCUAAGUGUAAUUUGGUGACUGAAAUCAGGGCGUGUCACAGUUGACUUGUUCACCUUUGUUUGAAAACAGUUUAAAUGAGUCUUGGUCGACAACACUUAUGACAUGUUUAAUAAGUGUUGUUAGGCUUGUGUAAGAGGAAAUGUGUUUGGUUCCCCUGAAUUUAUAACAUUGCUUUAAACCUUUUUUUUUUUGGUGUGGGGGAGGGAGGAUCUAAGUAUGGAUGUUGAUUCAUUUAUAGUUUCAUGGGGUCAUGUGCAAAAAUUAACAAGCAAAA